AUGGUGUGCAGAGUAGUUCCGGGCCGGUUGAAACAGAUUGAUGCCGGGGCUGGCCAAGUGGUUGGGGUAUCCGACAGCAAUCUGAUCUACAGUCUGGAGCACAAUGCAUGGAACAACCUGCCCGGAGAGCUUAAACAUGUCAGUGUGGGAUCUGCUGGGAUCUGGGGAAUCAACCCCAGAGAUGAAAUCUUCAAGCUGGUGUCUGGAAAUUGGACCAAGGUUCCAGGGUCCCUUAAACAGAUCGAUGCUGGAGGAGACCAGAUCAUUUCAGCUGUCAAUGGGGCAGACCAUAUUUAUUGCCUUGGGAAGGACGCAACAGUUGGAUUCAAAGGAGCAGGCAGCCCCACACCUUGGCUGAACAUCCCUGGACGUCUAAAAUACUACAGUUGUGGCCCAAUUGGCUGCUGGGGUGUUAAUGCACACAAUUCUAUCUACAUGAUGAAGGAUGUAAGCCCUGCAGGCUGUGGGGGCACCAUGAGUUGGACACAUGUUCCAGGCUCCUUGUCCAUGAUAGAGGUGGGAUCAGAUGGAAGCGUUUAUGGAGUCAACUCAGCAGGCAACAUCUACCGGAGGGAGGGUGUGACAGCAUGCAACCCCACAGGGACACUGUGGACUCCAGUCGGGGGUGGCAGAUACAAACAUGUGUCCUAUGACUUGGGUCAUCUAUGGGCCAUUCGUCAAGAUGGGACCAUUUUGGAUUGUGUGUAA